AUGUCGAAAACGACGGUCGUCUUUUACAACAUAAUUAAUGACAAAGAGGACAAAAAUUCACCAAACGUUUUUUACCUCCCCAAACCGAUAAAUUCGAUAACGUUACAUGACAUACGAAAUGGGUUUCCCUUGGUUGGCACUUACCACUUCAGAUUCAAAAUCAUCCAUAACAACACCCCUGCGUGGGUUGACAUCAGCGAAGAGUCCUCGCCAAUCCCUAGCUUGAAUUCGUGUAUCUACGCCAAGGUUUUGCGACUCAGUUGGAUGGAUCACAAGCAGGCAAAGGAAGCUCGUGGCGGGAAACUUCUUGAAGAGGGUGUGCCAAAAUUGUACAAAAAUGAGAAACAUAUCUUCGACAUGAAGGAAAACAAACCAGAUGACCAUGUGCAGAUGAGUAAGACCAAGGGGAAUAUCGACAUGCUGUUAUUUGAAAGCACUCCCAACAAGGCUAUGCACGUGGACGUCGACAAAAGGAAAGAUGACGCCAAGGACCAAAAUUACUUCGACUUGAUGUUCAACUAG